AUGACCGUCCCUAAAGACCGCAACAAUCCAGAAAGGGAAGACCAGACGUCAGGUACCAAUGGACGUAUGGAAGCGAAGACCGAGCUCAAUAAUUUUACCACUUCCCGGCAUACAUGUCGCUCGAUUGCUGAGAUCUCCUAUUGCCCCCAUAGCGCCCGGGCCAAAUCUAUCCUCUUAGACAAAUACUCAAUUGUCCCAGCACCUUACGUGGUAGAGCUUGACCAACAUGCAUUGGGCCAACCGCUGCAGGCUCUCUUGGCAGAGAAUACAGGCCGCCGCACCGUGCCUAAUGUUCUAGUUAGUGGAAGAAGCAUUGGUGGCGGGGAUGAUGUGGUCGCUCUCGAUGAGAAGGACGAGUUGGCGUUAACAUUCAAGAAGUUGGGAGGACAGUGGGUCCAGGAGGCAUUGUGCGUUGCGUCUACGGGGGAAGGUAAAAGUCUUAAGCGACGCACAACCCGUGAUUUUCACUCCACCAGAGAAAGCGACCGGUUGCCUUUGAGGAAUUUCGAUCCUUUCGAACGACCGACCGCACGACGACAUCGACAAUUCUCCCUCGGACAUUCCACAGCCCACGCAGUCAAGAUGCGGUACAUUCACUCCGAGGAACGGCUGCCCAUCCCCGAGAAUGUGAAGGUUCACAUUCGCUCCCGGGUUGUGACCGUUGAGGGCCCUCGAGGCAAGCUUGUUAAGGACCUCUCCCACAUCGCUGUCACCUUCGGCCGCCCUGAGAAGGAUGUUAUCUCUAUCGAGUUGCACCACGGUGCCCGCAAGGGUGUUGCUACCCUCCGUACCGUCCGCACCAUCAUCAAUAACCUGAUUAUUGGUGUCACUAAGGGCUUCAAGUACAAGAUGCGCUACGUCUAUGCUCACUUUCCCAUCAACGUCAACAUUGAGAAGAACUCUGAGACUGGCCUUUACGACGUUGAGAUCAGAAACUUCUUGGGUGAGAAGUACGUUCGUCGUAUCACUGCCCAGCCCGGUGUUGAGAUCAUCACUUCCCCCAACGUUAAGGAUGAGCUUCAGCUCUCCGGCAACUCCCUCGAGAAUGUCUCCCAGAGCGCUGCCGACAUCCAGCAGAUCUGCAGAGUCCGCAACAAGGAUAUCCGAAAGUUCCUUGACGGUCUGUACGUGUCUGAGCGGGGUAACAUUGUUGAGGAAUAGAUGAUAACGGGGAUUGUCCGCCUUGAUGGGUAGUUAAGGAUGCCAGGAGAAUUUAAUUUUCGCCUAUUUGCAUAGGGAAGCAAAGCGGAAUUAAAGCAAAAAUUUAUGGACCAUGGAAUUCAAAUGCCCCCUUUACGUCUCCACGGGUAUGGCUUUUCUCGGCUUGGGGAAGAGGCGUGUAGAAAAACGACAAAAAGAUGGUGGGCCUCUUAGGAGCAAUCCAAUUUCCUUUUUCUCUCUUCAACCGCUCUCAUAUGACUUGAAAGGAAAUGUCCAGAAGAUUCCAAGGUAGAUCCGGGGUCUUUUGUGUAUAUGUUGUAGUUAUCAAAAUAGUCAUGUGAGUCCAAUUCCCCAAUGGGGAGAAGAUCAAGAAAUGUGGAGAAG